UGCAACAGUAUUAACUUACUAAUUCUGGUUAUCCCCUGAGUAUAUUUUGAUAGUUCUGUAAAUAAAAUAAAAUUGUUUAGUUAUUAUUUUGUUAGGUGGUUGUACAGUAUCCACUUUACUCUACGCUCAAACAAUUUAUAUGGCUAUUGUUUUAGAAAUUGUCCUUAAAAAUCUUACUAAGACUUCCAGCAAGUGUUUCAAGAGCUACUUACGAUAAAGAAAUUGUGGAUUUAGGCGUAGACCACAAUUUCUACAAGAUAUUCAGCAAUAAACGUGAUCCCUUGCAGAGGUAUUUGUAAAAAUGGUUGUUGAAAUCCUUGAUAAAUGGCAUCUUGGAAUAUGUGCUAUAGUGGUUGUUUUAAUGCAGUUGACAUUUUUCUCAAUAGCAGCUUACUUCCAGUUUGACAAACUUACUGAUUUUGCUGGUGGAACAAAUUUUAUAGUUGUAGCUUUGCUAUCAUUCUUCUUUGGACAAGCCCAUUUCAAGCCAAGUUACGAUAGUAGACAAUUGAUGGUGACUGCUUUUGUCUGUCUUUGGGGCGUGAGACUCUCUGGAUAUCUCCUGUAUCGAAUAUUGCAAAUAGGCAGAGAUGCUAGAUUUGAUGACAGAAGAAGUAACAUUAUCAGAUUUGGAGUGUUUUGGACGUUUCAGGCAGUCUGGGUGUUUGUGGUGAGUUUGCCUGUUAUUUUCAUCAAUUCUCCUCACAACUCCAUCGCUCGAGGAGCUCCCAAAACAAUGACAACUCUCGAUUCUACGGGAACUGGGAUGUUUUUCACUGGUCUUCUCAUCGAAACAUAUGCCGAUCUGCAGAAGUUCUCUUUUCGACAAGAUCCAGCAAACAAAGGAAAAUGGUGCAAUGAUGGGCUCUGGUCAAUGUCAAGACACCCUAACUACUUUGGUGAGAUCUUACUGUGGUGGGGGAUCUUUGUUAUCUCUCUGAACGUCAUCGACGGACCGGAGUGGGCCGGAAUAGCCAGCCCGAUAUUUACAACCUUUAUCAUCCUCUUUGUAUCUGGGAUUCCUCUCUUGGAAAGAUCGUCAGAUCAGAAAUAUCGACACAUCCCCAAGUACCGGUUGUACAAGCAGUCCACCUCUCCGCUGAUUCCAAUACCGCCCGGUAUCUACAUGGAGGUGCCGUACUUCCUCAAGUUCCUGCUGUGUUUCGAGUUCCCCCUGUACAACUGGAUGGAAGAGAAGGAGGAGGUUACGCCGUCUUAGCAGCCAAGGUCUGCACCUGGCAGUGAGCUGAUACGCCUGUCCAACGCCAACACGCCACUGCUCUCGUGCACCUCUGUCUAACUCUAGCGCACAGAUUUGUCUCCUCCAGUCAGUGGAUAUGAAGAGUAUACAAUUUUACUUUAGUAAGAACUAUAGAAUUUGUUAGUUAUCAAGUUAUUUAGUCUUUAAGACUUUUGAUUUUGGUUACUGAGAGACUUAAAUCAGCCAGUCCUCACUGGCAAAGACUCAUUUAAGUUAAAUGCUGAUUCUAGUAUGUAUAACACUAAAACAAAGAUUUGAGUUACUGAACCAGUUUAUUUUUAGGAUUAAACAUUGUGGAGAUAGAAGUUUCAGAUGUCUUCCUUAAAAUAGCUCACGAUACCUAAAUGAAGUGAGGAGAAAGGAAGAAUAAGAAAAUUAACUAAUUUAUCAUUGUUCAAGCAUUGAGAAUGAUACAAAAAUAAGUAUUAUGUGAUUUCUAGUCAGACGUUUCGCUAAGGUACAUUCUACACUAGCAAAGUUUUAUUUCUUUUUCCAUACUAAAUCAUAAUAAUAACUUCUUAAUCAGAUAAGUAUUUUUUUUUUAUUUUAUUUUACUUUCCGUAAAUCAUAGUGAUGUCACUUUGAUGGCGGACGCAAGUAAUUUUCAGUCAUUUACUUCCAGUUCUAAUCAUUUCUUCCGGUGAAUGUAGUUCAGGAAGAAUGAUAUGUUUUCGCCAUUCCAAUAUCGUUCGAGGGUUUUUUUUUUCUUCCGGUGAGUAUAGAAUUUGGUUUUUUUUUAUCAAUAGAACCUUUUUAUCUUAAAAGUUCAUGUAAGUUUGUUACACCUUUUCAGAAAAUCUCUACCAGCCUGUCAAUAUUGUUGCAUAUCAAGUGAAAUCUAGUGAAAUCUGAGUUUUCCGUCCAAUUUGUCUUCCUCUGAUUCACUGCCCAGAUUCAAAUUCGUUAUCCUUUGCUGAAUCACCAUUGGCCAAUGCUUAUUAGUACCUGUACAAAAUUUAAAAUGGGAGGCAAAAUUUUCAGUUACAUUACUCACUAAGCUUAAAACUGGCCUAUGAUAAUUUGAGUUUGACCUAAUUAUUUAUUGUUUUUAAAGAGAUUUUAAAUGCUCAUUGACUUUAUUCAACCAACAAGUUUAAACUACAAGCAAUAAACACAAUAUUACCAGGGCAAGGAAAACGGGUUUUUUGAAAUCUCUGAUUUGUUUAAAAAGUCGAACCCAAAUCAAUGAUUAAAAUCGUCAUAGCGUGUAGAUAGUUUUAAUAAUUAUUAUUCCACGAGUCAGUCUUUUUUGAGUUGGGGGUUUUUAACCAGCUUUACUCUAAUAUCAAUGCAUCAAAAAGUUGGUUGGAUUAGAAUAUGGUUAUGGUAUACUUUAGUAUGUUACCUAAAGCAUUUAGUUUAUUACAUAUUUUAUUCGCCUUAAAAUCCAGAACAUGGUUGUUUCUAAGAGGUUGGUUCAUAAGAUAUAUUUUUCUAGUCACUUAAGGAUGUGGUACUGUAAUGGACAAAAAUAUACAAUCAUCAACAGGAAUACGUCUGUAUUAUAUGUUUGGUUCAUUGCACCCUCUAAGGUUAUGCGUUAAAAUAAUGUACUUAAGUAAGGUUACAGAUUAUAAAAAUGCCAGUCUUAAAAAAGGUUAUGAAAUGUACAUUAACAUACAUUUCCAUAACAAACUGGUGAUAUUUAUAUGAAAAAACCUUUAAUCUAAUAAGUUAUUAGACUGAUAAAGUAAGAGGUGUUUAUAAUAACCUCUUAAUGGUCAAGUAAAGGUUGAUUCACACCAGUCCAGUCACAGUUUAGUCUCAGUUGCAUCCGCAUUCCUCAGUCAACUUUCCGUCAGUUGGUUUCAGUCAGUCUUCUGUCUCUAAUAUUUACAGUGAUGUUGUAGUCAGUCAAAUAUUUUAAAUUUAAAUUUAAAACCAUAUACUCUAUCAAAUUCUCAUCGUCCAUCUUGUUGGUUGUUACAAACAGUACUCAAAAUGAAAAUAUAAACUAAAUCAUUUAAAUAACAAAAACACUAUUUUCUAACUUCAAACACGUCCGAACAAUCCAAAAAUAUCGCCUGAAAUUGACUGACGGACGCCGACAGAGUGACUGAGGAAUCUGUGCCGGAUGAGUGUAGAUGACGCAAUAGAAAAUGAUGUUGAUUAUGAUCACAAUGUCCGGACUGUGACGUGCCGUAACUGAUAUGUGUGAAUCCAGCUUAAGUCCCUCUAAGAUUUAUCCAUCAGUCGCCCCUGCUACAUAUAGCUUUUUGCUUCACUAGCACAACAUUCCAUUACUCGAAUAUGAAUUAAAAUGCAAUAUAGCAUAUAUCGUAAGAAUUUUACAUUAAAACAAUACUCCUAACUAACUGGUUGUUUCCGUUUUGAUACCGUUUGUCUUCAGUUCUUUACAUCCAGUAGUGUUUUUAUUUUAUUUUUUUUAAACAAAUGAAAAAAUACAGAUGAUGCAGAAUAUACAAUAUCAAUUUAAUUUUUAAACCUGAAAAGGUUGUAUUUUGUUAAUAAUGAUGCUUACACUGUUUAUUCAUGUAAAACAAAUUAAUUGUUUAGUUACUGCUUGCUACUAGUUAACAGGAAAAUAUUUUAUUAAUAAUCUUGUAGAUGCUACAGAUUACUAAAUUAAUAGUGUUACACAAUCAAGACAGAGUUUAUUGGGAAAGUUAAUAAUUUACAUAAUACUGCUGUAACUACCAAAUCAAAUAUAUUUAAGAACAAAUUUUACAUUAAUACACUAGUUUUGACAGUUGAUACAUUCCAAAAUAUGCAACAAAGCGUAUUGGUUAACUGAUUUAAUCUCUUCCAUUUUUGAGUGGCUUGGGUCUAUAUUUUUGUGUUGCAGCUCUCAAGGGCAGGUAGCCUAUAGAAGAUCAAAUGUACUUUGUAAAAUAACAAAUUUUGAUGGUUUAAUAUUCCGAAAAUGUUAAACAUAGCUAUAGGAAAAAAACAUGCAUGUUUGCUAAAUGAAUAAGCGUAGUUAGUAUAUAAAAAUGAUAGUACAAAAACAUAAAUUUGCUUUUCUAUACUAAAAUCAAUUAUAUUGCAUGGUUUUUGCACUUUAAAACCCACAAGUAACACUACCUGUUGAAAUGCAAUGUCAUUUAACUGUGGUUCAGAAAUUCUUAACCUACCACAUAUGGUAAUUGCACCUUGUUCUUCUAGUUGUAGCGGUAGUAAUUGAUACUUAUAUGUGAGGCUGUAAAUUUAUACUAAUACACUAUAACACACAUCACAAAUCUAAAUUGUUGUCUACAUCAUGAAAGUAAAAACUAAAUGAAAAACUUCACUGCAAAUCUCAAAGUAGACAAAUGCAUUCUAUAAUUUAUGUCUUCAAAGAAGCCCUUGAAAAGGCUUUUGCCAUCUCAUAGCCCAGAAAUUUAUAUCCUCACAAUGUAAUUUAGAAUUAGAGAAAGGGUUAGAUAUCUGUAGAAAAUAAUGCAUUAGACUGUGUAGACUUAGCCGACUUUAAUCUACUCCACAUUUAACUAUUAUUUUUUAAAGAUAAUUUUGAACUGAUCGUAUUUAUUUUUAUAUGAAAAAGUAUACAUUAUUUUUUGUCUAAAGGUUUUUUGGAUGUGUGAAACUUUUAUAGUUUUAUAAUACCCCAGAUAAUUUAAAAAAUGAUGAACAAUACUUCUCUAUAAUCAACAUUUUUAUUAGUCCUUGCUAUUUCCUCAUUGAAUCUGCUAUUUAAAUUUAAACAUAUUUGGAUUCACACUGGCUAUUUAGUAUUUACUGAUCAAAGUCAUUGUAUACUGUUCGGUAGGGUACAUUUUGAUAUUAACCUUUGGUUUACAACUUCAACACAUUAUUAGUUGUCAUGCAUAUGUCAGCCUGGUAAAUAAUUCAGAGUUGUCAUGUAUAUGUCAGCCUGGUAAAUAAUUCAAAAUUUAUUCAGAACAACAGUGGCAAUGCACUAUAUUUUUAUGCAGUUCUUCCAUAUUUUUGUGGUGAUGGAAUUAGAGUUUUCGGCAGGAAACGAGCAGCUGGUCGUAGAGGGGUUGGGAGAAAGAGAAAGAAGUUAGAAGUUUGUGAAUAUAUUCAUGCAGAAAAUUGUUUUGACCAUUGAAGUUUGUAUCGGCCUACUUAAAAAUACACCAUCUUCAGUAAACAACCCACAACUUUGUUUUCGUAGAUGCUUAGCAAUCUCAUAAAUUAUAUUUUGUGUAAUAUACUCUUUUCUUAUAACAGUGUAAAAUAGUGAAUAAUUUUGUCACUAUUGACUGAUGAUACAAACAAUAUGAUUCUAUCUUAUACAUAAACUUUAGUCAGGUUUUUGAAAAUAAACUUUGAAUCAAAGCAAACACGAAAUGGGUGUGCAAAUGUCAAUUUUAUUUACAUAAUUAUUUUACAUUUUUGGUUUACUGUCUGUUAAUCAUUUUAUGUACAUAAUAGAUUAUUGCAGCUCAAUCUACCUUUAGUUUCUUCAUUCAACUAAUUUUUCAGUUUACAAAAUCGUAGGUCCAUUUUCCUAGCAAUGAAAUUGUUUUACUGACAAAUUAUUCUCUUCCCCCAAUCUGCCAUUUUCUCUAAAUUAGAUCUACACACUCCAGCUCGAUCUGUAGAAAAUCUAUUAUAGUGUGAAUCCAAAAAAAGUAUCUAUCCUAAACACAAGUUCAAAUGGCAGCCUGUGUAGUUUGUGCCAAAUUUAACACAAUUGACUUAUGCUCCUUGAGGUUGUUCAUGAUUAGGGAGUCAGAUUAUUCUCAAGUAUUGUUAACCUGUUACCAACAAUAUACUUAAGAUUGUUACUUGAUCCUAUUGUUAUGCCUAUUAUUGCUUAGAACUAUUGUAUUCCACAUAAUUAACCAACAAAGGUUGUUUGGAAAUAAACAAAUAGUGAAAAUUAA